AUGAUAGCCAGUCUCAACAAGAUACGGAUAUCGCACGAAAAAUCGCCUGAUCCAAAGUUCAACGUGCUGUUUGAGCAGUUUCCUGGGGGAUUUAACUCGAAGAUGACCGAGAACGAAGCACUUCUCAUUCUAGGUAUCACCGAGGACGAAAUCAUGCAUUUGGACACUCAGUUACUCAAGAAGAAGCACAGAAAGUGUAUGAUUCAAAACCAUCCAGAUAAAGGAGGAUCCCCGUACAUGGCGAUGAAGAUUAAUCAGGCUAAGGAAAUACUAGAUGCGAGUUAUAUGGUGCGAAGGUGA